AUGUCCGGGGAAAGAAACCGCAGGUCUCUGGCUUUCCGGGGCGGUGGAGUGGCCGCGUUUGUGGGGUCCAGUGUCGGGAACAGCUGGGAGGCCCCGGCCUGUCAAGAGCGACGUGUGAACGGCACCAGGCCGGACCAGGACGAGUACGGGGAUCUGAGCACCACUGGACCCACACAGAAGAGAGCGGAGAGCGACAGCACCGGGCAAGAGGCAGAGGCAGAGGAGGAGGAAGAGGACCCGGAAGGGGGCAGCUGGCCAUCGGGGAAACAAGAAGACUGUCACCGUGAGGAGCAGGAGGAGGAGGGCUCCGCUGAAGGGGCGAGCUGGACGGCUCCCAUCAGUGCCGACUGUCUGGAGCCUGGGAGCGGCAGCGAGUCCAGGAAAUCUGGGGUCGAGAUUAGACCGCAGACUCUGCUCCAGAGACCCGCACUGUUUCACGCUUCAUGGCUGCAGGAAUUCCCCUGGCUUAAAUUCUGCCAAGAGACAGGGCUAAUGUCGUGUUCCUGGUGCCACAACAUUGGCACAAAAAACAGCGACGAGCUGGUGAAAGGCAGCCGUAACUACAAGCGGGCCCUGCUGCUCAGGCAUCACCUGUCGUCGGAGCACGGUAGAAAUGACCCCACCAAGCAGGAGCCAGUACGCAACUCUGAAAACACCAGUCCCUCCACUAACUGCUCAGAAGAAGAUUACCGCAUCAAACCCAACGAGAACUCUUACUGUUACCAGCUGCUGCAGGAGCUGGACAAUCAGCGAAAGAGUGGCAUUCUGUGUGACGUCAGCAUUGUGGUGUCAGGACAGGUGUUCAGAGCACACAAGAAUAUCCUGGUGGCCGGGAGCCGCUACUUCAAGACCCUGUACUGUCUGACCAAGGGCGAUGCCCAAGACCACUCCACGAUCACCCACCUUGACGUGGCUGCGGUACAGGGCUUCUCCGUCAUCCUUGACUUCCUCUACUCUGGGAACCUGCUGCUCACAAGCCAAAACGCCAUCGAGGUCAUGUCAGUGGCCAGUUACCUGCAGAUGACAGAGGUGGUCCACUCAUGCAGAGCUUUCAUCAAAGACGCCCUGAACAUCAGCAUUAAGCAGGAGGCCCCUGACUCUGUUGUAGUGGACUACAACAAGAGGCAGACCGUGACCAAAGAGGGACAAAAGGGUCUGGACCGCAAACCAAGCAAUUUCUGGGCCACAAGCAUCCUGUCUAAGCUCUCAAUCAAGGCAAGCAACAGCCAGGGCAAAGAGGAAGUGUGCAGCAGAGUGAAGGAGGAGCCCAGUGAUGUGGAGGUGACUCUGGGGGAGGGCUGUGCCCUGGUGACCCCUGGAGCUUCUGGCAACUGGUCCAACCAGAGUGACAGCUCACCCAACACGGCAGAAAUCAAUGAUAGCCGGGCAGCCGGCGCCCAGAUGCAGGUUUUUGUCUGGAACCAGCCACCCACAGGGAGUGCUGCCGCCGCUCCUUCUGCAAUCAAGAGGGAACCAGCUGAUGGAGUUGCAGGCAGUGGCCGCAGGAAAAAGCAGACCACUACCCGACGAUUUGUGUAUAACUUUCCCCCAGAGCCUGAAGAGGGCUUUGACGAAGGCAUGUUUGUCCAACCAUCUGCCUCCUACCCUCGAGAGGACCUCUCCACGCUCUCAGAAAAUGCAGAGCUGGCCAAUCAGAUUCAGUACAGCAUCAUCCAACACCUACAGCCGGGAGAAACCUGGGAGAAUGGCGAGUCGUCACAUCUCACCCCCAACAAGCUCAAGUGCCCCCACUGUAACUACGUCGCUAAGCACCGGCGCACGCUGAAGAGGCACCUGAUCAUCCACUCGGGCGUGCGCUCCUUCAGCUGUGACAUCUGCGGAAAACUGUUCACCCGCCGCGAGCACGUCAAGAGACAUUCCCUGGUGCACAAGAAGGACAAGAAGUACAAGUGCAUGGUGUGUAAGAAGAUCUUCAUGCUGGCGGCGAGCGUGGGCAUCCGGCACGGCUCGCGGCGCUACGGCGUGUGUGCGGACUGUGCCGAUUCUCACCAGGCCACGCAGGUGGGGCUGGAUGCCAUGGAGGCCAUGGAAUUUCCCCGUGACGAAGACUUUGAUGGAGAGGACGACCUGGACCCAGAGGAGCCUAUUGACAAUGACCAAUCGAGCUGGGGCAACGCUGGUGUUGCCCUGGAGGACUAG